CUUACUCGUUUAUCAUAUAUUUUUACGCGGGUUUGUGAUGUUAUAUUAUGUAUUAGUUAUGUAUUUUAUAGUAAUUAUCUCUUCAAAAUGAAGGAUAUUACUACUGCGACCACUGUAAUUUAAUACGAACUCGAAAAUGUCACAGGAUCUGGCUGUGAUAUAUCUGUGACAUCUAUCAGGUGAUAAUGACCGGAAUCCGGUGAGAACCAGUGACCAGCCUAUUCAUUUUAGGGCUUCGUCUGUAAUCAUCACUUUGUUUUGAAAGCACUGAUUGGCAAAUCCGCGAUAAGCAAAGCCCCCUGGCUUUGAUAACUUGACACGACGUCCAGGUGUACAACAGCAGAACACAACAUAUAUAAGAGGUUCUUCGAUAUAUGGCAAUGGUCAUAGUCAAUCAAGAUUGAGACACCAGUGGAACAAUGAAGUGGAUUAUUUUGUGUGUAAUUGUGGCUGGAGCCCAUGCCGUCUGCGAGAACGAGAAUGUGGAGGUGUGCGCGUUCGAUCCCUGCCAAGACCUGACCUGUGACGUCGAAGAAGCACAGUGCCAACCCGGAUCAUGUGACCCUUGUGAAGUCACGUGGAUGGCGGAUUCUGCUGACGUCACUGCCCAGUGUAUUGCGCCGUUGACGAAAGAGCAGCGUAAAAUGAAGAAGAAGAAUCACAGGCGGAAAUUCAUUCAGAAAAAGUUGGGAAUGAGAAUGGAGAAGAGAAAACAGUGGAAGCAGAUGACACCGGAAGAGAAACAGGCGGCCAUUGAAGAGAAGAGAGAGAACAUGAUCGAGACUUGGAUGAACAAGGGAAAUGAAGAAAAGGUUGAGCGCAUGCGUGAACAUUGGGCGGGGAAAAUAGCGAGAAUGCAGGAAAGGAAAGAACAAGUUGCCGCCAUGACACCGGAAGAGCUCAAGGCAUUCUUGGAAGAAAAGAAAGCAAGAAAAAUGGGACAGAGGAAAGCAUUUGUGAUUAAAAAGAAAGAGAAACUAAAGGCACGUAAACAUAUAAAGAAACAGGCGAGGCAGGAUAAGCGACGGGGAGAGGGACAAGAGUAGAUAACUCUGUAAUUGAUAUACUCAGUAUUGCUUUGAUAUCAGUUAAAUGUUGUUCUACGCAUUUUGUUGAUGAAAUGAAUUCCAAAUGGGUGUUUCCAUGUAACUUCAAUCAUCUCUGCAUUCUUAAAUUUAGAUAAUUUAAAUGUUGUAAUCUGUAUUGUCAGCAAUGAAAAUACAAAUCUAUUAUAUAAAUAACUUCUUUGUUAUUUUGAAAAUGAGCUUAAGAUUGCGUGAGUUAUGGUAUAGAUGUAAAUUGUUCUCUUGAUCAUAAAACAUUCCUUCUGAGAAUAACUUAUUGGGAACAAA